AUGAUAAAGUAUCGUUUAUUUAAUAUUUGUAUCUUUUUGCUUUUCAUUUUAUUUAAUUAUUUUUGUUGUGCUUUAAGAAGUUAUAAAAAAUAUAGGGUAACAAGCUUCAUCGGUAGUACACCACAGAAGCCUGUACACUUAUUUAACAUUCGUGUUGUAAAAAAGAAUAUCUUUUUAUGGUAUAUAAAAAAGAAAGGGGGAGACAUAUGUAAAUCCGUUAAUUCUUUUAAUUUGUUUGAAAAAAAUAAUAAUAAUAAUGAUUAUAAUGAUGAUGAUGAUAAUAAUAAUGAUGAUAAAAAUAAUAAUAAUAAUAAUAAUAAUAAUAAUGAUGAUGAUAAUGAAGAUGAUAUAACAUAUGAAGAGAUUGAAGAAUAUUUGAAAAAGAAUAAAGUAGAAGAUUAUGAAGAAGAUGAAGGGAAAAGUGAAAUUUUAAAAUUAAUAAAUUAUAUACCGACCUUAUCAAAUGAAGAAGAAUUUUUUUCUACAUUUGGUUAUGUAAAUAGAGAAAAGAAAUCUAUGGAAUAUUAUUUUAAUCAAAUGAAAAAUGAAAAAGAACGUAAACAGAAAAAAAAUUAUAAUAUUUUAAAUUUUAUAUUAUCUUAUUAUUUAAAAAAAAAAAUUUUUAAUGAUGUUCAUUCGAAUAAAAAUUAUGAUAGUAUACAAUCGUAUUGUUAUUAUAUAAAUAACUUGAUAAAUCAUAAGGAUACCUCUCUUGAGUGGAGAAAUGGAAAUUUAAGCAAGAAGAACAACAUAUUUUCAAAUAAAUGGUUGUGUAGUUUUAUAUCAUUUUAUUUGAAAAAUGUAAAUGCCCUAAAAUAUAUUUCUUUUGGUUGUGUAAGUGCAGGUCUAACAUUUUUGUUAAAGUAUAUACUUAGAAAUAUUCGGAUCGAUAACAUUUUUCUUUUGAAGAACCAUUUUAAUUUAAUGUACGGCUUACGAAAUAUGAAGAUCUAUAAAAUAGUUCUUUUUUGUUUAUUUAUAAAUGUGUUAUUUAUAAAUAAAUAUAAUCAAUAUUUUUCUAUAACUGAUGAUGGCUUUGCUGUGUUAUUUAGUAAUUAUUUUUUUUAUGAAGGCAUAGAACAUUUGAAUAAAAAAAAGAUUUUUCAAUUUAUGGAUAAAUAUAAUUAUACCUUAAACGAUAUAUUAUUUUCAUUGAAUGAUAUGUUUAUUUAUUUCUUAAAUAAGAAAAUAUAUGUUGAUGAAAUAUUUGAUCCAGAUAUUGUAAAAUAUAUUGAUAGUUUUUUAAGCUUAUAUCAAAAAUUAUUUAAGACGAAUAAGGAAAACAUAAAAAAUAUAUUAACUAUGAUAUUGAAUAAAUAUCAUAUUUAUAAUGUAAAGAAUGAAAAUAAAAAUAAAGAUUUGUUAUCUCGAAUUUUUUAUAUCUUCUAUAUAAUUAAUAUUAAGUUUAAAUAUGAUGUAAUACAAGCACAUAAGUUGAAUUUACUUAGAGAAAAUAAAUACAUGAUACCUUUUUUUUUCAAGAAUAAUAAAAUAUCCAAUUAUUUCCUACUCUCCCACAUUUCGGAUCAUUUAAAUGUAAAAGAGAAAAUAAUCAAUAAUUACCUCCUAGAAAAGAUGAAGAAUGAUUAUGAAAAGUAUGUUCUUUCCUUAUUAAGAACAAAAACAUAUUCAAAUAGUGUGUAUGAUGAUAUAAAAAAUAUACUCUUCAUAACACUACAUAGCAGUGUUAUUGAUGAUGUAAACGUCUCCAUUUUUAUGAACCUUGUUAAAGAUAUAAUUAGUAAUGUUGAUUAUGAAUGUAAAUAUACCUCGAGAAGUAAUAGGAAGGAUAAAAUUGUAAGUGAAUUUGAAAUGGAUGGAAAUGAUGUUCUGAAGGAAAAAGAAAAUAUUUCCUCGAAUAAUAAUAAUGAUGAUGACAAAAAUGAUGAUGAUGAUAAUAAUGAUGAUGAUAAUAAUGAUGAUGAUAAUAAUGAUGGUGAUAAUAAUGAUGGUGAUAAUAAUGAUGAUGAUAAUAAUAAUGAUGAUAAUAGCAAUGAUCAUAUUAAUGAUCAUAGUAAUGAUCAUAGCAAUGAUGAUAAUUCAAAUUUCGAAUCAAACUUAUUUAACGAAAACAAUUUAGAAAAAGGAUUUUAUUCCAACAUGGAAGAAAGUGUAGACUACAUUAUUCAUGACAAUUAUUCCCUAAAAAAUGCAACAAAAAACACAGGGGAUAUAUCAACCGAGAAGAUAAAAAAAAAUGAUGUAAUAUUAAGUGAGAAAGAGGAAUUAAAAGAAAAAGAACAAUUAAUGAAAAAAUUAAAUGAUAUAUAUUUUUUAAGAAAAUAUUUAAAUAUUGAUAAAGAAUUUACAGAUAAUUUUUUAGAAAAAUAUUUAUUUAAAUAUAUUUAUAAAGAAUAUAAAAUAUUCAUUAAUAAUUUAAUUUUUAAGAAAUUAAAAAAUAAAAAUGACAACUUAUUUUUUCUUAAACGUGGUAUAAAUUUACCAAGUAAGACAGCACAAAAUAUUGUAAAAAAUAUUAUCCUCAAUUUUGUUAUUAAGACAAAAGAAAACAUCGCUAUUUUUUAUAAACUUGAAAAUAUAGAUAAAUGUUUAAGAUUGAUAGUUAACUUGAUAAAUAUAUAUAAGAAAAUAAAAAAAAAAAAAAAAUUUAUUAAAUUUAAUUCGAAUAUAUUUAAUCUUGAUCAUUUUUUUUCUUACAAUUGUUAUAAAGAAAAUGAGCACACUAAUAUAAUACAAAAUGAUCCGAGUAGCAAUGUAACUAAUAAUGAUAAUAUAUCUAAUAUUAAUGAUGUCUCUUCUUAUGAUAAUAUAUUACAAGAGGAUCAUAUGGUAAAUGAUCAUGGUAAGAAUAAGGAAGAAAAGGAAAAUUUUACUAGUGAUGAGCAAGUUAAUUUAAAUCAACCUUUUCUAAAAGAAGAAGAAGAGUUUAUAAAACAUAACAUUUAUAAAGAGAAAUUAUGUGAUGAAAAUGAAGGGAAAAUUAUUCUUAAUAAAAAUGAUAGAAAGAAAUUAUACGAAGAAUUUGUUUUAAAAUAUAUGAAAAACAAAUCUGAAAGGAAUAUUUUAAAAAUUAUUUUUAAUUUAGAUUAUGAUAAUGAUGAUAUAGAUAAAGAAAUUGAAGAUAAUAUAAUAAAACGUUUUUUAGAAGAUAGUACAAAAAAUAAAUUAACAAAUUUAAAAAAUUUAGAUAUGCAAUUAAAAAUUAUAGGUAAUGAUAAUUUAUUUGAUUAUAAAAAUCUGAAUUUUAAUGAAGGCUUAUUAAUUAAGCAUAAUUUUAAAAAAAGCUUGAAAGAUGAAGAAAGUAAAAAAAUGGUUUUAAAUGAAUAUAUUAUAAAAAAAGAAGACAUUUUUGAUGAUAUUGAUGAUGAAUCCUUCUUAGAGAUAUGUCAGAAAAUGUAUAUAAAUAAAUUAUUUCAUUUAAAGGAAAAUAUAUAUAAUAAUAGGAAGGAAUUAUAUUUUUAUCAAGUUAUAUUAAAUAUAGAAAAUAUAAAUGAAAUACAUGAUAUCUAUUUAAUAGAUCAAUAUGAGAAAAUGAUUAAUGAUACAAUAAAAACCAAUAUAUUGAAUAAAAAUUAUACAAAUAUUAAAAAUUUAUAUUUAAAAAAAAUUAUUAACUUUUUAAAUAUAUCUGAAGAAAAAGCUUCUAUUGUAGAACUAAAUUGUAUUUUUCAUCAAACCAAUUAUAUAUUUAAAACUAUAAAAGAAAAUUUCUACAUAUAUAGAAAUGACACUGAUUUUAUUGAUGAUAUUAAUGAAAUAUUAACUAUAUAUAAGAAUUUUGAUCUUAUAAAAAAGGUCAUAAGAAAUAACCAAGAAAUGUAUUUUGUUAAGUUUUCUCUUGUGGAAUCCAAUUAUAAUAUUGUUCACAAAAUAUUUGAGAGAUAUGUUUUAUAUGUCAUUGAUGUUAUAACGAAUGAGAAUAGAAACAUCUAUAAGGAUAACAUCUUUAAGCUGAGAACCAUAUUGAAUGUCCAUGAGACGAUUGUGAAUGAUAUAUCUGCUAAGAUAUAUAGGAAAUAUAUUGAGAACCAAGAAUUACAUUCCCUUAAUAACAUGGAUUCCUUUUUCAACUUUCUAUUUAAUAUGAGCAAAGAAGAACAAAAAAAUAUCGUUAUAGAUUUUUUAAGGACUAAAAUUGAUACCUACUUAAAAUCAGAUGAAAAUUAUGAUGAAAAGUUGCAUAAAUUAUAUGACUUGUUAAUUUUUAUAAAUGAUAAUUUGCAAUAUAAAAAAAACAUAUUUGAUUUAUCAUCCUUAAGUUCUAAAUUGUUGUAUGAAUUUUUAUUAUCUUGUGUUGACAAUUAUAUUCAUACGAAAAAAACGGAUGCCUUCAUAAAAUCGCAAGCUGAUUAUAUCAACCACUUUAACAAUUUUUUGAGCAAAAUCAAAGCGUUAAUUAGGGGCCCAGAAGAACAGUAUCAUCUUUCCCACGUGCUAAAUAUUUUAAAAAAUGAUAUUAUAAAGAGGGCGAUAAAUUUACUGGACAAGUUUGAAUAUGACAUGUGCAUUGAAGAAGUUUAUAAUUUAAUAAAACUGCAAAUGAUAGAUGAAAAUAUUAACUUUUCAGAUAUUGAUAUUGCCAAGAGAAAAAAAUUAGUGAAUAUAUUUUCUUAUCAAAAUAUUAGUGAUGAGAAGAAAUUUCUUUAUAUGGACACUUUAAAAAAAAUAUUAUUAUGA